CGUAGCGCUGAAAAACUUGUUGUUGUCUGGGAAAAUGGCGUCAAACGUAGAGGCCCCGGAGCGCUGGUACCUCGCCCUCCUCGGCUUCGCCGAACAUUUUCGAACCUCCAGUCCACCCAAAAUCCGCCUCUGCGUGCACUGUCUACAGGCCGUGUUUCAGUUCAAGCCCCCGCAGAGGAUCGAGGCCCGGACGCACCUCCAGCUGGGCUCGGUGCUCUACCAUCACACCAAGAACAGCGAGCUGGCCCGCAGCCACCUAGAGAAAGCGUGGUUUAUAUCUCAACAACUUCCUCAAUUCGAAGAUGUCAAAUUUGAAGCUGCGAGUAUUCUGUCGGAACUGUUCUGCCAACAGAAUUUGGUGGACUCUGCAAAGCCUCUGCUGCGUAAAGCUAUCCAGAUAUCCCAGCAAACGCCAUACUGGCACUGCAGACUGCUGUUCCAGUUAGCGCAACUCCACACUCUGGAGAAGGACUUGGUGUCAGCCUGUGACCUUCUGGGUGUUGGUGCCGAGUAUGCCCGAGUUGUGGGUUCAGAAUAUACCAGGGCUUUGUUUCUUCUUAGUAAAGGAAUGCUGCUGCUGAUGGAGAGGAAGCUCGGUGAGGUGCAUCCUCUUCUCACACUGUGCGGAACCAUAGUCGAAAACUGGCAGGGAAACCCCAUCCAGAAGGAGUCGCUGAGAGUCUUCUUCCUAGUACUACAAGUAACACACUACCUGGAUGCUGGACAGGUAAAAAGCGUGAAGCCAUGUCUGAAGCAGCUGCAGCAGUGUAUUCAGACCAUCUCUACACUCCAAGACGACGAGAUCCUUCCCACCAACCCGGCUGACCUCUUCCACUGGCUGCCCAAGGAGCACAUGUGUGUUCUCGUAUAUUUGGUGACGGUCAUGCACUCCAUGCAGGCGGGCUACCUGGAAAAGGCCCAGAAGUACACGGACAAGGCUCUUAUGCAACUGGAGAAACUGAAAAUGUUGGACUGCAGCCCCAUCCUGUCUACCUUUCAAGUCAUUCUGCUGGAGCACAUCAUCAUGUGUCGACUGGUCACGGGCCACAAGGCCACGGCGUUACAGGAGAUUUCACAGGUUUGUCAACUGUGCCAACAGUCCCCCAGGUUAUUCAACAACCACGCUGCUCAACUACACACACUAUUAGGUCUGUACUGCAUCUCAGUGAACUGUAUGGACAACGCAGAAGCACAGUUUACCACGGCACUGCGGCUCACCACUCACCAGGAGCUGUGGACGUACAUCGUAACCAACCUGGCCAGUGUGUACAUCAGGGAAGGAAACAGACACCAGGAGCUGUACGGCCUCUUGGAGAGAAUAAACCCCGAUCAUAACUUCCCAGUCAGCUCUCACUGCCUCCGCGCCGCAGCCUUUUACAUAAGGGGACUCCUGUCCUUCUUUCAGGGACGCUACAACGAGGCAAAGCGAUUCCUGCGAGAAACUCUGAAAAUGUCCAACGCCGAGGACCUGAACAGACUCACAGCGUGCUCUCUGGUUCUGCUGGGCCACAUUUUCUACGUACUGGGCAACCACAGGGAAAGCAACAACAUGGUUGUCCCCGCCAUGCAGCUGGCCAGCAAGAUCCCCGAUAUGUCCGUCCAGCUCUGGUCUUCAGCGCUGCUGAAAGACUUGAACAAGGCCCUCGGAAACAACAUGGAUGCCCACGAGGCGGCACAGAUGCACCAGAAUUUCUCCCAGCAGCUGCUGCAGGACCACAUCGCCGCCUGCAGCCUCCCUGAGCAUAACCUCAUCAGUUGGACGGACGGCCCCCCUCCUGUCCAGAUCCAAGCCCAGAAUGGUCCAACCACAAGCCUCGCCAGCCUGCUAUGAGAAACCCCCCCCCCCCCGGAUGCAUGCGAUUGUAGCUGGUAAAUUACCACAAGCAGCAGUUUGAUGCCUAAAAAAAACCUGCUUUCCACACCUCUGUAGCUGAAAAAGGAUUUUUAAAACAAGUGACAGGUCGGACGUUCACUUUCUUUGCGUUUUGAAGAUUACUUCCUGAUUGUCUGCUAUUAAAUUUUUUUAAAUUUUUUUUUUUUCUAAAGUUAUCUAACAAUAACACUCUGAUGGCACGGACUCGGGGCACAAGAUCCGGGUAGGACUGUCGGUUUAGGAGGAAGGACACAUGGCAAUGUAUAAAAGGGUCUCAUUGCCUCAGAUCAAGGGAUUUGAGUUUGCCAGGAUUAUUUUCUAUUUCCAUUUCUUGGAAACGAUCCAGUUAGAUAUGGACAAUAAAAAAAUAUGUAGAAGAAAUUAAUUUAUUCAUGUUGCUAUUUUUGUAACUGUUGAUAAAUAUUUUACAUCUUGCCUUUUUUGUAUGGAUGCUGUUUCUCUCUCUCUCUCUCUCUGUCUCUCUCUCUUUCUCUCUCUCCCAUGUGUGGAAGUUACUAAUGCAACUCCCUGUACUAUAGUUUUCCAGCUGGGUCGCUAACCAUAGGUUUUUGAUAAUUUUUUUUCUUUUUGCACAACAUCCGCGGUAGGAAAUGUAGACCUGUAACUUAUCUUCACGAUCCAUUCAUUUGAAAAGUCUCAUUGUCAAAACAAAAUAAAAUAGCUGCAUUGGUUGUUUUGAGGCACACUUUAUCGUGUUUUAAGAGAUGCGUUCUAAAUAUUAGUAGAAUUUAUUAUAUUAUCACUAAUACCCUUAAAAAAAAAAGACACAUUUCUCCUAUGUGUUUAAUUUCCACCAUAGAAUAUUUCUGGUUCAUGUUUUCCACAAAUCAUUUUUUUUUUUUUUUUUUUUUUUAGACAUUGAAAAGAAGAUUUAUUUUACUCUAAUUUGUCUGGAUAGUCCUACUAAAUGAUCUUUUCACAGUAUGUUUGUAUAAAGUUGCCACUUGUCGAACCUUUUAUUGUACAGUGACAUUUUAUAAAUUCAAUUUAGUAAAGUGUGAUAUGUAUUAUUUUAGCUACCCUAUGUAGGUAUCUCAAUGCCUGGUAUUUUAAGCACUGGUAAGAGGUGGACACACAGUUUCAGCUUUCAGUACUAGCCAUAUUUUAUCCAAUGCCUCUGUUUUUAAUUCUUACAUUGUUUUCAAUAUUUUUUCCAAUAAAAAUAUAAUUGAAAUGUG